GGUGCAAGGCCAGGGGAGGAGGCUGCUGUUGCCCCAGCAACAACCAGGGAACCCGGAGGCGGGCGAGUCCUAGGAGGGAUCAGUGCCUCAGAUCUCUCGCUGUACGGAAGGGGGAGGCGCGAGCCAGGCCUGGGGAGUCAGCACCCGCGGAAAGAGAGACAGGUCAGGCCACGAACUCCAAUCCUCGCCUGCGCUUUCACGCCUCUUAACCGUUAGGGGCUCUGAGGGCCAUGGCUGAGGUGCACGUGAUUGGGCAGAUCAUGGGGGCCACCGGUUUCUCGGAAAGUAGCCUCUUCUGCAAGUGGGGCGUCCACACAGGGGCAGCAUGGAAGCUUCUGUCAGGUGUGCGGGAGGGCCAAACGCAAGUGGACACCCCCCAGAUAGGGGACAUGGCUUACUGGUCCCACCCCAUCGACCUGCACUUCGCCACCAAAGGCCUUCAAGGCUGGCCCCGGCUCCAUCUCCAGGUGUGGUCCCAGGAUAGCUUUGGCCGCUGCCAGCUUGCAGGCUAUGGCUUUUGCCAUGUGCCCAGCAGUCCAGGCACCCACCAGCUGGACUGCCCUACAUGGCGGCCCCUGGGCAGCUGGCAGGAGCAGCUGGCAAGGGCCUUCGUGGGUGGUGGGCCUCAGCUGUUGCAUGGGGACGCCAUCUACAGUGGGGCUGAUCGCUAUCGCCUGCACACAGCCGCUGGUGGCACCGUGCACCUUGAGCUGGGCCUGCUGCUGCGCCACUUCGACCGCUAUGGAGUGGAAUGCUGAAGGACCCUGCAUCUAUGGCUGGCCCCCAGCCAUAUCUCUGGACACCCAGCAAGGGGCAGGAUGGCCCAGUGGUCAGAAUCCUGGGCUCUGGAGACUGUCAGACCAGAUACUACCCAAGGCAUGGUGCAGCUUCUGUCUUGAGUAGCACCUCAAGCCCAGUGGCUGCCCCUCCCAGGUUGGUUUUCCAUCUUACAGUUGGGGCAGAAGCGCAUGGGCUCACAGGGGUUGGGUGCAAAGAAGCUGUUCGCACAUGGAAGGGCUCAAUAAAAGAGAGCAGUUCUUUCA